AUGAUGAUUACAAAAUUCGAACAAUUCUCAGAUGAAUUAAUAUUCAUGUGUUUCAAUUAUUUUCAUUUCUAUGAAGUGUAUAACACAUUCUUUUCUUUAAAUCAACGUUUAAAUCAAUUACUUUUACAUAAAAUAAACAUUCCGAUUGAUCUCGAUUCCGUUCCCAGUGAAAAUCUAUUAACAUUUUGUUUUCAAUUACAUGGUUUUCUUUCCAAAAGUCAAAAUCAUUCAUUAGCAAUUAGUACUUGUGAUGAACAUCGAUUAAAUUUAAUUAUGAACGAUAGUUUAUUUCAAGAUAAAUUUAGCAAAUUGAAAUCUUUAACGCUAUUUGAUCACCAUGAGUAUCCAGUAUCCAAUGUUAGAUUUAGUGAAAGAAUGGAUUUGUAUCAAACAUUAGAACGAUUGACUUUACACGAGAUACGUGAAGGAGACGCGGACGGAUCUUUUCUUAAACAAUUAUGUAAUGAAGUGAUAUCUUCAAAAAUGAAAUCAUUGAAAUAUUUGAAUAUUAGUUUCUCUCCAUAUCGAUGUGGAUGUCCAGCUGGCGAUCACCAUGGUACACAGGAUGUUGAAUUCGAAUUUGAUUAUUUACCAGAAGAAGAAAAAUCAUUGAGUAAUUUGGAAACACUUGUUAUUGGAAAUAUUCCUGAUGAAAAUCGUACAUGGACAAGCACUCAAGUAUCAUUUCAUGUAUUAACAAAAGAAUUACUACCUCGUCUACCAAAAUUAAAUAAAUUAAUGAUAAACGCUGUUCAUUUUGAUCAAGAUAGAAGUUUACAACUCAUUGGAGUAAGUAUUAAAAGAUUGAUAGUUCACUUUUAA